AUGGUGCUCAUUAGGAAAUGGAAAAAUAGUCAACAUCGUGGUGCUAAUGCCCCUCAAGCACGAUCCGAUGAAGUUGAGAAAGUGGCAUUUUGGGAGGAAAUGGACCAACAGCUAAGUAAAAUAUCAGCUGAAGAGAUAAUUAUUGGAGGUGACAUGAAUGGACAUGCAAGAAGGACCAAAGUAGGUAUUGAGAGUGGGCAUGGUGGCUGGGGAGUUGGAGAUAGAAAUGACAAAGAAGAGAGAGUUGUGGACUGUGCAGAUUCAUUUGAUUUCGGUCUUGUCAACGUCUGGUUUGAAAAAAAAGAAGAAAAUCAAUGCAUUAUAUACAAGAGUAGAGCAAAAGAAAAUCAAAUUGAUUUCCUCAUGUACAGAAGAUUGCAUCUGAGAGAGGUGAGAAACUGUAAAAUUUUAAAUGGAGUGUAUGGCAGCACAGCACCGGGUGGUGGUAAUGGACUUGGAAAUAAUGAACACAGAAAAAGAGGAAGUGCAAGAAUGGUUGAAUCACAACAGUAUGGUGAUAGAGUGGGUGGGGAGGCAUUGGGAAAGAGAUCUGGAAAGAAACCUCCUGACAAUAAGGAAACCUGGUGGCAGAAUGAUGAAGUGAAAGAGACGGUGAAAGCCAAAAGAUGCAAAACAGACCUGGGAUAA